AUGUCUAGAAUGAUGAGACGCAAAUACAAACAUGUAAUCUACAAACACGUCAGAGCAAGGUACAAGCAAUAUAUCAAAGACGCGCGCAAUAUAGCUGAACUCAUGUAUUGGCGCGCUAAGCUCGACUCGUUACCCCGCGAUUCAGCAAAAACAAGAUACAAACGCAUAUGUAUGAUCACAGAUAAGUUUCUAGAGGCAUAG